CCACGCUCUUUUAGAAUUUUCACAGUAAUUCCCGAAAACAAAUACUUAAAAAGUCCUCUACCGUAGGGAUCCGGUGCACCGCCCAAAAGCGUCACGGACGAAGACCUAAUUGUCUCGCAGUUACGCGAACCAACUCAAUCAGCCACGAUUGAAAAUGGUUGCAGAUUUGUGCGCUCAGCGUUCUCUCUUCGGCGGCGCCAUCGUCUCCACGUUUCCCAUUCGAUUUGAGGACGUCAGUAACGUUCGUCAAGUUCCUGAUCAUCAGGAGGCGUUUGUAGAUCCAACACGCGAUGAAAGCUUGAUGUUUGAGUUGCUCGACUUGAAGACUGACGUGGCGGAUCAUGGUAGUGCUACCUGGUUUCUUCAGGACCUCGCGAAUGAGCAAGAUGCUGAGGGAGCUAUGGUGCUUGAACAGUCUGAAGUUUUUCAGGCUGAUGGACUACGGCUUAGGAACAAUCCUGGCAUCAUAACAACUGCAGUUGGACAAAUGGCGAUAUCUAAGGGAAGACAAGGAAGGAAUGCACAGAACUUAGUAAAGGUCUAUUUAGCUAAUUUGAGGCUAAAGGAUGUUACCACAGAUGUCCUCAUCAUUGCUUAUGAGCCUAUGAUGAUAAACCCUUUGAGUGAAUCUGCUGCUACAGUUGGGGCUGGUUUAGCUGUACCUGCAGCACAGACUGGACGUAUGCCUAUGACUGAGGUUUUUCAAAAUGCGGUCCAAAGUUUCAAGGUGAAUGAUUGGGGCCUCUUUGGUGCUGCUGUUUGAUAUCUGGAUGGCGGCCAUUUUAGUAGUAAUAAAUCAUGUUAGUGUUAUUAGGUUGGUUCAGCUUCUCAUCAAAGCCUGGGUGAUUCUUUCUAAGCCUUUUGAUGCAAAAAUUAGUCCACGUUUGUUAUUUUUUUUUUAUUCGUUCUUAGGUGGGUCAAGAAUCUAUGUAUAUUUUGCUAUAGCGACUUGAAUUAUUUGUCCUUGUUAUUCAGUUUUAUGGAACUAGUGAAGUGGACGGGCACAUUAUGGAUAACCAAUAUUAUUUUGUGGUUUUAAAUUAUGGUUUUCAUGUG